AUGAGAAUUACAUUGGUUUCAUUUCUUUCCUUUGUUUUCUGUUAUUACUGCAUAUAUCUCAGUUUCCAAAUCUCUGUUGUCUCUGGAAAAUGUCUUGAUGAUCAACAAUUAUUGCUGCUUCAAUUAAAGAACAAUCUCACUUUCAAGCCAGAAAAUUCCAGGAAACUGAAAUUCUGGAAUUCAAGCAUUGAAUGCUGUGAUUGGAUUGGUGUAGCUUGUGACAGUCAAGGAUUUAUUAUUGGUCUUGAUCUGAGUGAAGAAUCAAUCUCUGGUGGAUUUGAUACUGCAAGUAGUCUUUUUAGUCUUCAACAUCUUCAAAAACUGAACUUGGCUGUUAACAAUUUCAGUUCUGUUAUUCCAUCAGGAUUCAACAAGUUGGAGAUGUUGAAUUAUCUGAAUUUGUCAUAUGCUAGCUUUGUGGGGCAGAUUCCUAUAGAGAUUUCCCAGCUUACAAGGUUGGUUACUCUUGAUAUAUCUUCUCUUAGCUAUUUAUUAGGACAAGGGUUGAAACUUGAGAAACCAAAUUUACAGAAGUUUGUUCAAAAUCUCACUAGUAUUAGGAAACUUUAUCUUGAUGGUGUAAAUAUAACAGCUCAAGGACAAGAAUGGUGCAAUGCUUUAUUUCCUCUGCGUGACCUGCAAGAAUUAAGCAUGUCUUAUUGUGAUCUAUCAGGACCCCUUGAUUCUUCACUGAAAAAACUUGAGAAUCUAUCGGUCAUUAUUCUUGAUGGGAACAACUUUUCAUCCCCGGUGCCCGAAACAUUUGCCAAUUUCAAAAAUCUUACCACCCUCAGACUUGCAUUUUGUAGAUUGACCGGAACAUUUCCACAAGAAAUCUUUCAAAUUGGAACAUUGUCAGUUAUUGACUUAUCAUUUAACUACAAUCUCCAUGGUUCAUUUCCUGAAUUUCUGCUGAGUGGAUCUCUCCAUACCUUAAGGGUAAGUAACACAAGCUUCUCUGGAGCAUUUCCACAUAUUAUUGGUAAUAUGAGGCACUUAUCUGAAUUGGAUCUUUCUUAUUGUAAAUUUAAUGGAACACUUCCCAUUUCACUGUCAAACCUUACAGAACUUAGAUACAUGGAUUUGUCAUCUAAUAGCUUCACAGGUCCAAUGCCUACACUUGGCAUGGCCAAAAACCUUACACACCUAGACCUUUCUCAUAAUCGUUUAAGUGGCGAAAUUCCAUCAUCUUCCCAUUUUGAAGGACUCAAUAAUCUUGUCAGUAUUGACCUGCGUGAUAAUUCUAUCAAAGGGAGUAUUCCAUCGUCCCUUUUUGCACUCGCAUUACUACAGAAGAUUCAACUUUCAUCCAACCAGUUUAGUAAAUUUGGAGAAUUGAUAAACAUGUCUUCCUCUGUAUUGAAAACACUUGAUUUGAGUAGCAAUAUUCUAUCAGGGCCUUUUCCAAUGCCUAUCACUCAGCUCCAUUCACUUUCUGUCCUGGAUCUUUCCUCUAACAUGUUGAAUGAGUCACUAAGCCUAGAUGAGCUUUUGGAGCUUAGAAAUUUAACUACACUAGACCUUUCAUACAACAACUUAUCAAUCAAUGUGAAUGUUGAAAAUGCUGAUCAUACUUCCUUUCCCAAUAUUAGCACUCUAAGUUUAGCAUGCUGCAAUCUGACAACUUUUCCAAGUUUCUUGAGAAACAAAUCCAGAUUAACCAUUCUAGACCUUUCAAAAAAUCAAAUUCAAGGAAAAGUGCCCAAUUGGGUAUGGAAGCUACAAAAUCUUCAAAGCCUGAAUGUUUCUCACAAUAUGCUCACUGGUUUGGAAGGACCUUUGCAAAACCUCACUUCCAACUUGAUAUCCCUUGACCUUCAUAACAACCAAUUGAAAGGGCCAAUUCCUGUUUUUCCUAAAUAUGCUUCCUAUUUGGAUUACUCAAUGAACAAAUUUAGCUCUUUUAUCCCACAAGACACUGGUAACUACUUGACUUUCACAACUUUUCUCUCACUUUCUAAUAAUACUUUACAUGGCAGUAUCCCUGAAUCCCUCUGCCAUGCCCCAAAUCUCCAAGUUCUUGAUAUUUCCAUGAAUAACAUUUCUGGAAUGAUUCCCUCAUGUCUAAUGACAAUGACUCAAACCCUUGUGGUAUUAAAUCUGAAGAUGAACAAUCUCACUGGCCAUAUCCCAGAUGUGUUCCCAGCUUCUUGUGCUCUAAGGACUCUUGAUCUUCAAAAAAAUAAUUUAGAUGGACAGAUUCCAAAAUCUCUUGUGAAAUGUUCAUUAUUAGAAGUGUUAGAUCUUGCACAUAACAACAUCAACGACAAAUUUCCAUGCUUGUUCAAGAACAUAUCCAAAAUCCGUGUCAUAGUCCUGCGCAAUAACAAAUUCUAUGGACCCAUCGGAUGCCCAAAGACAACUGGCACUUGGCCCAUGCUUCAGAUAGUUGACCUAGCCUUCAACAAUUUCAGUGGUAAACUACCUGGAAAAUGCUUCACAACAUGGGAGGCAAUGAGAUAUGAUGAAAACCAAGCUGAUUCUAAGGUAAACCACGUCCGAUUUCAGGUUCUCCAAUUUGGUCAGAUAUAUUACCAGGAUUCAGUGACAGUUGCAAUUAAAGGGCAACAACUGGAGAUUGUUAAAAUUCUAACAGUCCUCACUGCCAUCGACUUCUCAUCCAACCAUUUUGAUGACGAAAUACCAAUACAGUUAUUUGACUUUAAAGCACUCUAUGUCCUCAACUUGUCAAACAAUGCAUUUUCAGGCCAAAUUCCACCCUCUAUUGGAAAUCUAAAGCAGCUUGAGUCCUUAGAUCUAUCAAACAACUCUUUGAAAGGAGAAAUUCCCAUACAGAUUUCGAGUCUUUCUUUCCUAUCAUACCUAAACCUCUCUUUUAACCAUCUUUCAGGAAUGAUCCCUAAAGGUACACAAAUUCAAUCAUUUCAGGAAACAUCCUUCAUGGAUAAUGAAAACCUCUGUGGCGCUCCUUUGCCAAAAACCUGCAGCAGCAUAAAUACAAGUUCACCAACAACAAAAUCUGCCAUGAAAUUUGAUUGGCAGUAUAUAUCCACAGGAAUUGGUUUUGGAUUUGGUGCUGGACUAGUUUUUGCACCAUUGAUGAUUUGGGAGAGAGGUAAGAAAUGGAGCAAUGACAACAUCCACAAAUUUCUCAUGGUAAUUUUUCCAUUAUUUGGAUUAGUUUACACGCCAAUUGGUAAUGAUGAUGAAGAAGAUGACACAAAAGAGGACUCAAAUAUGACAGAGGACAGCGAUGAUUACAAUGAAGAGGAAGAUUAUUGGAGUUAUCCAAGGUUGUAUUGUGUGUUUUGUUCGAAAUUUGACAACAAUAAGAAAAAGGUCAUUCAUGACCCUAAUUGCACAUGCUUUCAAUUAUCAUCACCAGGUUCAAAUUCAACCAAUUAUUCAGAUUCCUAUUCUUCUUAG